AAACUUUGUUCCCUUGUCCAUCCAAGCUGAAGCAUUUCUACUCGCCCCCAACCGAAAGCAACGCUGCCCUCGUCUACCUGCAGCGACCCUUGCUACAGACGUGCAGCAACCGAAGCAAGACACCCCCGUAGCUCAGCUUUUCCGGCAUCUUCCCUACCUAGCACGAGGACAUCAGCACAGCGUCCCACUUGGAUGAACAGCCCGGCCAGUAGAUCGAUUCCGAUGGUGACGUUUCCGGCUGCGACUGCGUCCAUCAUCCCGGCGGCAGAAAUUUUCGAUACUCAUGCUUUCUUCUUCUCAUGAUACGGUAAUUUCCAGCUGCUUUGGAGCUGCUGCGGAACCACCGCCAUAAAAUCAGCCGCAAAUGCCCAUCUUCCAAGACGACAUUCAUCAUGAAUCGCCGGCCUCUAGCCCUAUCGCUAUUGAGCCGGCACCCGCGAGGAGCCGUCGCUUGUCUGAGGAGAGUCUACGAACCGAACUUUGCGAAGGCCCGGUCCCCGAUAGCCCUAUGCAUUCAUCGACAACAAAGGGCGACGAGGAGAACAGGAUAUCGGAUAGAGCCGAGCUGAUAGAGAGGUUGAAACGGGGAGAGAGCCCAACUUGGGUCCCCAACCGACAUCUUGAGUCGAUUCUUCAGCAUGAAAACUCCCAUAGCGCCCAGGAGCAAGGCAGAACCUCACCCGAGUCGCCUAAUCUCCUACCGCCAGCGCCGAUUACACCAGACAAAACCAAGCUGCCAGAGUCGGUCGAUGCGAGACUACGAGAUGGGCUGAGCAUCGAACGACCGAGAUCAGCCUUUCAUAGCGGCGAUUUCACGAGCGACGUAACAGCAUCUGAGAAUGGGCAGCACAACGACCCAGGCAGGCCUGGUGCCCAAGGACGAAUGACGGCUGAGCAUGCUUGGUUCGCAACCUCACCACCUAGACACUUUACGCCAUUUCCCUACGGAGUAAGGGCCCAUGGUAGGAGAACACAUCCGCUGGAUACAGAUGUCACCGAUGGCUUCAAGUCCGAUACCUCUCCUCUAUCAACAUCAUUGUCCAGCUUCGCGUAUCAACCUCCGACUAGUCCCCUUGCCCAGUCUGAGACGAAUGAAGAUGUCGACUUCUCUACGCCCCCUGAAUUCCCCUCCAUGAAAUACAAGUCAACGUGGCGACACCAGCUCAACUCAAAUCAUUCUUCGCCAUUUCACCCUCCCUCCUCAAGGUCACGGCCACAGUCACGAUUUCCGCCACGACGAGAGGGUGCUCUGCCAUAUCAAGCCCACCAGCCUCGCCGUUCUUUGACUUCUACCCCUACUUUCCCUCACGGUCACCACCACUUCUCCUCUCCUCAGACGCCAGCCUUGCUGCGCUCUCGACGACAAUCCUUUGGCCCAGACACCUCGCCCAUCCAGCACGCCUCCAUGGUUGGUUCAUACGAAGAGAGCAUUCUGCGUGGCCGCAUGUCAACAACACCAUCAAAGCCAUUUGAGUUUGUUGCCCAGAUUGGCGUAAUGGGAAAGGGCAGCUGCAAAUCUAGCCUCAGAUGCCCGCGGCAUGUAACUCUCCCCUUCCCCGCCGUCUACUAUAGCUACGGUGGUGCUCCCCAUGGGAGAUCGCUCCUUGACGACGGCCCGAGCCCAUACGUCGGCCAAAUUGACUUGGAGAACGGACUUUCCAACCCCGAAGAGGAGUCGAGGUCGCGAAGAAAGGCACAAAGCCGGUACAGUGACAGAAAGCAGCAGGCCAGCAGCGAAACAGCCGGGAUGAGUGUCCAAGAAACGGAGGCGGAUCGAGAACGGCAAAAGGCUGCCAAGUCCAAGCGUCUACCGGCUUCUCCGAGGUCGCCCCCGGGAGGAAGCUAUAGAAUCCCUGAAACAGGGCAGAUUCAAAUCGUCAUCAAGAACCCAAACAAGACAGCAGUCAAACUCUUUCUAGUGCCAUAUGACUUGACCGGCAUGAUGCCGGGAACCAAGACUUUUAUUCGCCAGCGCAGUUAUUCUGCUGGUCCCAUAAUUGAUAAUGUACCAAACAUGUCCCAGGCGGACGGCGACCGCCCCAUUCUCCGAUAUCUCGUUCACUUGCACAUUUGCUCGCCCGCCAAGGGGCGCUUUUACCUGUACAAGAGCAUCCGCAUCGUUUUUGCGAACCGGGUGCCUGACGGCAAGGAAAAGCUGCGUAACGAAACAACGCUGCCCGAACCGCGCUUCUCUCCCUACAAGCCUAUCCGUGUGAUGAAUCCUCCACUUUCGACUUCUAGUGGCACAGGAGCCAUGUUGGCCAGCGAGAAGGCCUUGCGGCGGCGCAGCUUGGGCAUCUUCAUGAGCAGCAACGCGUCGACCUUUGAUGGUAUGGACGGCCUUGCAUCUCCUGAGGAAAUGCCAAUGACGGCUCCGUCGCCCAGCUCUGGUCGCGGCAGCGUCACUCCCAUGGAAUUAAUCCCUCUGCGUCUUCCGCAGCCAAACACUGCUAGUAACGAGAGCAAUGGUGGUUCCGAUGGAGCCGUCGUGGAACAUGGUUCGCUCAACGGUUCGUCUUCACUAGCCAACAGCCGCCCGUCCACCAUGAACUCGGGAGGCAUUGACACCUGGGGCCCAUCGCAAUACGAGAAGCUCAACAGGGGCGACGCUGGCUACGGAGGAAACGCCUUUAGCCGCUCUGCUUCUAGCAGCUCUCCUGGAAAUGCUCCUGAGGGACUGCUCUCUCAGCGCCUGCGUGGCCUAGGCGUAAAGCCUCAGCAGACGGACUGAACAAUGAAACUUAUCCGUCUUUCCGCUUCCGUGCAAGAUUGAACAGUGUCUUCGCGGUCAUUUGCUUCAGAGCAUGUACAUCAUAUUCACCUACGUUCCAUUUUCUUUCUUUUGAUCCUUGUUUGUCAUGACAUACCACACUUAUCCCAGGCGAUAUUGGACGUUGGAACACUAGAAGACACAGGAUUGAGUCCUCUUCAAAGCUCUUCUUGAUUGGGCGGAUUAUUAUUUUUCGGCAUAGAUUACUGCUUAUUGGUUCUUUUCCCCUUUUCAUAUUUUCCCUGCAAUUAGGUGAGUAGUUUUUAUUCUGACGCUACGCUCUCCAUUCUGUGACUUUUCAAAAGCACGUGUAUACUCAACUACGCUUUUACUGUGCGCCUUAACCUACAUGUAUCAAGACAUGUCGUUAGCUUUCCAUUAAUGCAGAAGAUGAAAAGUAUUCUUAAGCUUCAGUAGCUACCAAAUAUAAUGAAAUCGAUUCAAAC